CAUUGAUUGAGCUUUCGCAACAGACACAGAUGUAGUAGAUGUAGUCGACUUCACCACCUCCCCCUCCCCCCCUUUCCCUAUAAUCCCGGCCUGAUGCCCUUCAAAACCCCCCUGUGGUCCCUCGUCCGCAGCUACUCCAAUGGCCCGGCCAAGUCGCGCCUCGGCAAGAAGGCCUUGAGUCUGGACCAUUUCCUCCAGAGAUCCCGCGCCAUCUCGCUCUACCGCGAAAUCAUCCGCGGCACCCGGCGCAUCGCCGACCCCAACACCCGCGCCGAGUCGCGCCGCUUCGCCCGCGAGGAGUUUGAGCGCCACCGGGACGUAACCGAUCUCGGACACAUCCGCUACCUCAUCUCGACCGGCAAGACGGAGUGGCAGGGCAUGGAGCGCUACGUCGACGGCAUGUGA